AUGGCUCCUGCCAAAAGGCCACACGCCGCCCUGGAAUCAGCGAGUGCAGACAAUGAGGUACUGGACGUCCAGCACGCAAGGUCCUAUCUCAGUCAAGACGCGUCUUCAAAAAGGGCACGAUUGUCUUAUUCCGCACAGCCGAAGCAGGCGGCUGCUCAGAAGGACGAAGCCAUUAGUUCAGAUAGCGAAGCCGCCGCAGACGACCAAGAUGAUGAAGAACCUGAAGAAAGGGCGGGACGCGACUCUCCGCCACGUACUCAAUACGAGAUUGCCCGUGAUAAUGGCUUUAGGCACUUGCAAUACGAGGAUCAAGACGACCAGCGUGCCACACAGAAGAUCAAAAGCCGCCCGCAACGCAUCGGCGAAAACCACGCAGCGGAGAAUGGCAUCAUUGAGAGUGUUGAGUGCAUCAAUUUCAUGUGCCAUGAGCGGCUGUACGUUGAGCUAGGCCCCCUGAUCAACUUUAUCGUUGGCGAGAAUGGCAGCGGCAAAAGCGCUGUGCUGACGGCCCUCACUUUAUGCCUUGGUGGCAAAGCCAGCUCUACAAACAGAGGUGGAAGUCUGAAGAGCUUCAUCAAAGAAGGCCAAGCCAACUCCGUCAUCAUUGUCAAAAUAAAAAACCAGGGCAUCGAUGCGUACCAGCACGACCUGUACGGCGAUGCCAUAACGGUUGAGCGCCAUUUCUCGAGGACGGGCGCCAGUGGCUUCAAGCUCAAAAGCGUGACGGGCAAGACUGUUUCUACCAAAAAAGCAGACGUUGACGAAAUAUCUGAAUAUUGGGCCCUGCAGGUCGACAACCCACUCAACGUACUGUCACAAGACAACGCACGACAGUUUCUGAACUCUUCGUCGCCAUCAAUGAAGUACAAGUUCUUUGUCCGUGGCGUGCAGUUGGAACAGCUGGACAACGAUUACAAGCUGCUCACAGAAAUUCUCGAGAGCCACGAGGCCAAGUUACCGAGUCUGGAGGAGCAUGUCCGUCGCGCCAAAAGAGAGCAUAUUGAGGCACAGAAGCUGAAGGACAUUGCUCAAAGGAAUGAGGAGAUGAGGAAGACAUACCGCCGCCUCCGAAACCAAUUGUACUGGUCCCAAGUGGCUGAGCAAGAGGAUACGCUAGCGAAAUAUAACAACGACAUUGCUGCCUUGGACGAGGAGAUUCGCCGCGCUGUCAUCAACAUUGAGCACGCAACACAAGCUCUGAUCCAACGCGACGAGCAGUUAGAGCGCACCAAAACAACAGUGGAUAACGAAUCACAGGAAAUCGGUGCAAUUCAGGAGCGCAUUGAGGCCGCGGAUGCAGCGUACCAAGAUGCCAAGAAAUCUGUUACCGACAUACAUCACCAGCUCAGGGAUGUCCAGCAACGCUUGAAGAAUGCCGGGCACGGGAUGGCCGAGUUCGAAAGCAAAAUCCAAGCCGAGGAGCAACGCUUGGGUGCUGGAGCUGGCAGUGCUCGCCAGGAGCAAGAGAUUCUUUUGAAUGAAGCCAAAGCGGAAGAGGUUUUGAUCAAGGAACAAAUGGCCGAGGAAAACGACAGAUUGCCGCAACUCAGGGCUGAGUUGGCUCAAGCCCAGAAGGCCGCAGAUGGGGUUAAGCACGAGUUCGAUAGAAAAAGGGGGGAGAUUUCCUCAGCUGAAGGGCGUUUGCGCAACCUAGAGCAGAACAGAGGGUCUCUUUGGGCUGCCUACGACAAGAAAAUCCCACUUCUCCUCCAGGCUAUCGAGAAGGAUAACGGGUUUCAAGAAAGACCUGUAGGCCCAAUUGGAGCCCAUGUGCAACUCACUCGACCCGAAUGGUCGCCCAUUCUGGAAACGGUCUUUGGCGCGACCCUGGAUGGUUUUCUUGUGUCCAACAAGACGGAUCAACAACGUCUGGCUAGACUGAUGCAGCAGGUCAGACUGGACCGGACCCCUCCGAUCAUCAUCGGCAAACGGUUGCCACCUAAUGUCAAGCUGAGGGAGCCUGAUCCGGCUUUCGAUACGGUCCUUCGUGUACUCAAGUUCGACAACGACUGGGUUCGCAGCCAGCUCAUCGUGGCUCAUACCAUCGAUAAGAUUGUCUUGAUAAGAGAGAGGGCAAAGGCACAGGAUGUGAUGAUGAGCGACUCACCGCCGCCCAACGUCCAAGCUUGUAUUUCCUUUCACGACGGCGCGGGGAAACGAGGCACUGGCCUUCGAAUGGCCCGGUCCGGUGGUGCAGGGUUCAGCCAAAGUCCCAUCAGUCCUUUCCCACGAGCGCCACGAAUGAAAUCGGACGACGAGACACAAAUCAAUCUCGCGAAGGAAUCCCUAGCUCAUCUCCGGGGAGACCUGCGAUCCAUUGAGCUGAAGCGGCGAGAGCUUGAUCAAACGGUUGCGAAAUGCAAGUCGAUUCUGGCGACUCAAGGCCAACAAAACCAGUCGCUGGAGCGACAGCUACUGAGGGUUCAGGCCAGGAUUGAGGACAUUUCAGCAGAGCUUGACCAGUAUGAAGGAGCCGACGGCAGACUGAUCUCCCUCCGGGAAGAGCUAGAGAAGAUCAAGGCCGAGCGAGACCAUCAUGGCAGUCAAUACGGAGAGAUGCGGCUGCGACAGGAGGAACUCAACAAGAAGUGCGAAGAGUGCAAGAAAACUCUUGCCGAGGAGAAGGGGCGGAUGAAGGACUUCGAGGUCCACAUGGCCAAGUUACAGCUCGCAGUCCAGAAGGCCGAAGACUUGCGAAAGAUGGCUGUUCUUGAGAAGAACCGUGCCUUCCAGAACCGCGAUGAUGCGAUUCUAGAAAAAGAACGAGCGGAGAGAAAGCGCGAUGAGCAGGCUGAGGUUGUCGCCAAUUUCACCCAGCAAGCCAUGGAAAAGGCACCUCAGCGAGUGUAUAUCGAGGAAGGCGAAACACAUAGGAGCAUCGAGAGCAAGUACGCCACCGUCCACCAACAGUUGGAAAAGAGAGCGCAGAAACUCGGAGCCUCGGACGAGGAGAUCAAAGAACGGGCGGCCAGGGCCGAAGCCGCAUACGAAGCUGCGCAACAGCUUUACAAGGGGCAACAGGAAGAGCAGGCGGCAGGUAAGCUCAACUUGGAAGAUCGAUUAAACCGAUGGCGACUGUUCCAGCGACACAUCUCAGCGCGCGCUCGCAUAUGCUUCCAGUAUCUCUUAAGUGAACGUGGAUUUAGGGGCAAACUUGCCAUCGACCAUCCUCAAAAGAGGCUGCAGCUUUUCGUAGAACCAGAUGAAACUAGAAAAGGGACUGGCGGUCGAAGCACAAAGACGUUGUCGGGAGGCGAGAAGUCGUUCUCGUCCAUCUGCAUGCUGCUGGCUAUUUGGGAGGCCAUGGGCUCGCCUCUUCGGUGCUUGGAUGAGUUUGACGUCUUCAUGGACAACGUCAACCGCACCAUCAGCACAAACAUGUUGAUUACUGCCGCCCGACGCUCGGUGUCACGUCAGUACAUUAUGAUCACACCAAACGCCAUAGAGGGACGGGCCACUCUCGAUAAGGACGUCAAGAUCAUCCGUCUCACCGAUCCCCGGCAGCGAACUCUGAUCUGA